CAACAUCAGUUAACGUGCUGCAGAAUUGUACCCAAAAAUAAAGUGAAAAACUCGCAGCAAAAUGCAUCUGACACUGAUAAACUUUUUUAAGAAAACUGUGCCGGGACAUAUAUUCCGCGGCAAGCGGCGUCUGGUCAAGCCGGUCAGCAAGCGGGCCAUGGAAACGCUGACCCGGGAAUAUGAUCGACAGGAGCACAUCAUGUUCCUGCUGCGGCAUCCCUACCUGACGCUGGAGCAAUCGUCUGGCCAUGCCAAGGAGCUGCAGAAACGCGAGAAACUGGUGGCCAAGUGGACGGAUGAGCAGACAAUGCGCAAAAUGAAGCCUCAUGUGACCAUCGAGGAGCGCCUGAACCACCUGAAAGUCAAGGAGAACUGGGACUAGCACUUAAAUCAACUUGUUCCAACCCAAGAUGCAUUAAAUUAAUUCUAAAGUAAA